AUUUUUUCCUCAAACACCGGAAAUAAAUGGGGUCACAUUUGGAACUGGGCAACACUGUCGAUCCGAACGCACGAGCUUACUGAUUAUUAAAUCCUAGAACAUUCUUUUUUCCGCUCUUUCUUCCCCUACAUAUAGAGCAAGGAACAUAACGAAAUGGCGACGUGGGGUUGCCGACUUCUCCAGCGGGGAACUCGUCUGAUUUGUCUCCGAGCAGCAACUGAAAGCUCCGUUCCUUCAGUAACUUGUCUCAGGACGUUAAAGACGUCAACAUGGGUUGAUGAGCACCUCACAGAAGAGAACCAACGGUUCUUAAGGAGGGAAAUAGCCGAGGAAUACAGAAAACAGACUGCAGACAAGCUCAACCCGUUAAAAGACGAACCGUGGCAGCGACAUGAAUGGACAGAAGGUAGUCGAAGAGUUGGACUGGUCGCUGUGAAGCUGGGUAUGGCUCCUCUGUGGACAAAAACUGGAGAAAGACAUGUCGUCACUUUGCUGCAGGUCCAGGACUGCCAUGUCAUACAGCACUUGUCUAAAGAAGAUAAUGAUGGACGCACCGCCGCUCUCAUUGUAGGAGGAAAAAAUGUCUCGCCGUUCCAUAGAUCUGAAAAGCGAAUGGAGAUGUACAUGAAUGCGGGAGUGCCUCUGAAACAGAAAAUCACCACCUUCAAAGUCUCGGACAAUGCUAUCAUAAAACCUGGCACUCCGCUGUAUGCUGCACAUUUCCGGCCAGGCCAAUAUGUGGACAUCACAGCCAAAUCUAUUGGGAAAGGCUUUCAGGGCGUGAUGAAGCGUUGGGGGUUCAAAGGUCAGCCGGCCAGCCACGGACAAACCAAAACACAUCGGAGACCAGGAGCUUCUGGACCCGGAGGAGAUCCAGGCAAAGUUUUUAAAGGAAAGAAGAUGCCAGGAAGAAUGGGCAACGUCUACGUCACAGCUUACGGACUCAAGAUAUGGAGAGUCAAUACCAAGCACAACGUGCUGUACGUUAACGGCUCCGUCCCUGGCCACAGGAACUGCUUACUGAAGGUGAGGGAUAGCAAGCUGCCAAAGCGGUUGCCCACCUUGCACAGCCCUCCUUUCCCCACCUUCUUCAUGGAGGAAGAAGGCGACAUUGCUGAAGACCUCUACGACGAGGACAUGUUCAUUCACACGGAGGCAUCCUUGUCGCUCACCUGACUACACGCACGCACAGGCGCACGCCCCUCGUUAUUGUCACGCUCCAAUAAAGUGUAACUCGAUUAAA